GGAGUCAUUUUGAAAAUGCCUUCCAAAAAGAACAACGCUCCAAAAAAGCAAAAUACGCGGGACAUCAUGUCAUGUUUCAAAGGGUUCAAGUGUCUGUGUGUUGGUGGGGAGAAGAGGAGGACUGUCGAAGAGGAUCUGGAAAGAGACAGCCGCUUCAUUGAAGACCUCGACGACGUCACUCUGUCUGACAAUGAGAAUCCAGAUUUAAACACUGAAUGCCCGCAAAAGGUUGACAACCUACAUAACAACAAAUUAAACGUACAAAUUGAACGACAGCGGGCCAAUUGUGGUGCAUCAAAUACUUCACUUCAAAAGUGUGACACAACGCCAGUUGUAGAUGUAGUGCAGCAGAGAGGAACCAGUGUCAGAGCGGUAGUUGAUAAAGGUGUCAGCAUUGUUGACAUUGAGGAGAUUUAUGAAAAACUGCGUCAGCAGAGUCCAGCUUUGAGAGAAUUGAUGGAGAGUAGAUUCCCUGGGGAUUCUUAUCAGAAAGCAGUCAACCUGAAGAAGGAAAACUUUGGGAAGAUCCAACAGUCAUUCAGUGAAGUUCACAGAGUCAAGAAGCUGCUGAGACAGGGCGAGUCAGUUUGCAAAGUGGUGGUUAAGGAUGUUUGUCAGGGAACAGGCUUUGUGCUGUUUGACAACUUCAUCUUGACCAACGCACACCUUUUCAAAGAUUGUGUCGAAGGACAAAAGUUGAAGAAGGAUGUAAAUGUGUUUGUUUUCUUCAACUAUGAAGAUCCUGAGCCAGACUUAAAUUACUACUACUACGAGCUGGCUCACCGUGACAUCUGCUGCACUCAGGAUGAUCUUGACUAUGCCGUACUUGAGCUCAACCCUGAGAGCCAGAAAUCAAACCAAUCGACACAAACACAGAGAAGGAAGGUGCCACCAGGACUCCUGAAGAUGUUUGGUCCAAUGCCUCAGAAUGGUGAAGCCUGUAUUAUUGGUCACCCAAAAGGAGAAGUGAAAAAAAUGGAUCUUACAUUUAUCAUUGAGAAAGAGAAGAGGGAGCAGGCUGUCAAUGAUCACUUACAUCCAUACAAAGAGAGUAUUUUUACUCUACUCACAAUCAUUAACCUUCUCAAAGAUCAAGGCCUUGAAAACAUAAUGAUGGGUGGGACAAAAGCAGACAAAGUAGGGACCUACAACACUUUCAUGUAUCACGGCUCUUCUGGUUCCCCGGUGUUUGAUGCUCGUGGUCGAGUCUUUGGUUUGCACACCGCAGGAUAUGCUUAUGAGUUCAUAAACCACAAAGGGAGUGUGAUAGAGUUCGCCCAACCUCUGCUAACUAUAUUUGAACACUAUGUGAGUACGCUAAAAGAACAUGGGAAGGAUGAGCUGUUGGAGAGAGUUAAGAAAGAGGUGAAGGGAAACUCAGACCUAGAAGAGGUCUUAAAGUCUGUGGUUGAGCUCAAGGAUGAGCCAGCAGACCCUGAGGAGCUCCUGGACUACAUUGAGCCAAUGGAUACUGAUUAAGUAUUAAGACCUUCAAAACACAUCUGGCUGUAUAGGUUGUUUUAGAGUUCAUGAAAUCUUCAUUUUGACCGAAAGAUUAACUACAAAUUGUAAUACUGCCCUGCUAUUUUUGUGUAUCAAGUGUAUUUUUGGUGCU